AUGGUGUACUUUUCAGAUGACGCGACGACUGCAGCUCCAGUCUGGACCAGGAGGACCCAGAGCCCCCCCACUAAAGAGGAACAGGAAGAACCAGAGCCCCCACACAUUAAAGAAGAACAGGAGGACCCGGAGCCCCCACACAUUAAAGAGGAACAAGAAGACCCAGAGCCCCCACACAUUAAAGAGGAACAAGAAGACCCAGAGCCCCCACACAUUAAAGAGGAACAGGAGGACCCGGAGCCCCCACACAUUAAAGAGGAACAAGAAGACCCAGAGCCCCCACACAUUAAAGAGGAACAAGAAGACCCAGAGCCCUCACACAUUAAAGAGGAACAAGAAGACCCAGAGCACCCCCACAUUAAAGAGGAACAGGAGGACCCAGAGCCCUCAAACAUUAAAGAGGAACAGGAGGACCCGGUGCCCCCACACAUUAAAGAGGAACAGGAGGACCAGGAGGAACUCAGGAUCAGCCAGGAAGGAGAGCAGCUUCAAGAGCUGGAGGAGGCUGGUAUCAAGUUCUCUUUUGCGCCUGUGAAGAGUCAAGUUAAUGAAGAGGAAGCUCAGUUCUCAAAGUCCCCAAAAAAACAUAAAACUCACAAUAGAGAAGCAGAACAUUUGAAAACAGAAGUGGAUGGAGAGGGAAACGGAUCCAGAUCAGAUCCAGAUAGUCCUUUACAACCAACUUCUGAUGAGACUUCACAAUCCUCUGAAUGUGAGACUGAUAACAGUGACGAUUGGCAGGAGACUUUACGAUCAACUUCUGAUGAGACUUCACAAUCUUCUGAAUGUGAGACUGACGAUACUGAUGAUUGGCAGGAGAAUCAGGAACCUCAGUCACAUUUAAACCCUUUGCAAAACAAUGAAGUACCUGUAAGUGACAUCAACCGUAAAGCUGGAAAAGCAUCAAUCAGCGCCUCUGAAUAUGCUGGAAGCUUUGGCCACAAGAGACUGCCGAAGGGACAUUCUGGAGCUGAAACAGGAGUGAAACCAUUCAGUUGUUCAGUUUGUGGUAAAACAUUCAGACUUGCAUAUACUCUAAAACGACACACAACUGUCCACACAGGGGAGAAAUUAUUCAGUUGUUCAGUUUGUGGUAAAACAUUUGGAGAAGCUCAAAGUCUGAAACGACACUCAACUGUCCACACAGGGGGGAAAGGGUUCAAUUGUUCUGUUUGUGGUAAAAUAUUCAGACAAGCGCAAAGUCUGAAAAGACACUCAACUGUCCACACAGGGGAGAAAGGGUUCAGCUGUUCAGUUUGUGGUAAAACAUUCGCACGAGUGAGCUGUCUAAAAGGACACUCAACUGUCCACACAGGGGAAAAACUAUUCAGUUGUUCAGUUUGUGGUAAAACAUUCAGGUUAGCGAGACACCUAAAAGUACACUCAACUGUCCACACAGGAGAGAAACCGUUCAAUUGUUCAGUUUGUGGUAAAACAUUCAGAAAAGCGAGCUGUCUAAAAGAACACUCAACUGUCCACACAGGGGAGAAACCGUUCAAUUGUUCAGUUUGUGGUCAAACAUUCAGACUAGCGAGAAGUCUGAAAAGACACUCAACUGCCCACACAGGGGAGAAACUGUUCAAUUGUUCAGUUUGUGGUCAAACAUUCGGACAAGCAAGAAGUCUGAAAAGACACUCAACUGCCCACACAAUAAAAACUAAAUAGUCGUUCAGUUUUCUAUAAAAGAUUCUCUCUUCUCUUUGAUUUAAAAAAAAAUCACAAUUGUAUUGAGAUCAUCAUAAAUAAAUGAGAUGUGGUUAAAUACUUAAAAACUGGAAUGGUUGAUACAAACUCCACGAUAAGUUUAUUCAGCUAAACUGAAACUGCACAUCAAUUUAAAUUCUUUGGCCUCUCGUGAUGCCUCCUGCCUGGUGGGCCGGCCUCCUGGCUCCGUGGCCCUGUUGAUGCCCCCUCCCUCUCGACCUCCUUCUGUUUUCAAGGAUUGGGGAGUUUUGGAUUGUGGUCCAUGCCUGGUACGAACUAUUCAUACAUUCUGUCUUAUUCAUUGAAUGUGUUUAUGUAACUCUGUAACGCUGAUGUUUGGCCAAAGGUCAAGGAUGUUGUAUUUUUACAGAUUUCAAAGCCCUCUGAGGCAAAUAAGGGAUUUUGGGCUAUAAAAAAAAUAAACUGAAUUGU